AUGUGCUCGAAAAUAAAUCACAAGCUGACUGCCAUAACAGACACCAAAGAGUUAAAAGAACUACAGAAGCUUUACCGCAAAGACUGGCCCAGGCACUGUGUUGGCUAUUUCUGGCUGGACAACUUUUUGCGUUGGCUGGAAAAGGAUGAGAAGCAGAUAGCAUUCUAUACACUGGACGAAGAUUGGCGAACCGAUGGACUCUUUCUUAUAGUCCAUCGUUAUCAACUCUUCUUUGCCAAUCUAAGUCAAUGCGGCACACAGGAGUUGCAGAUGGCACUCGAACUGCUGGACUGGUCCAGAGGCUAUAAAGUCAGUUCCAUAUAUGAGAGCCAUCACUUGUUAUAUAAACACAUUCUGAGCACUCUUGGUCUGAGCUUUGAACAGGAACAAAAGACGAUUAUGUAUCACCUGGAUUGUAAAAAGGCUAAGGCGCUGGAUAUGAGCUGUCCCGAUGGUUACUUUGUGCAGCCCCUGCGAUUGGAGCAUGCUGCAAUUAUUAACGAGCUUUGGUCAUCACGGCAUCGCGGAUCCCUGAAACUCAUACAGCUGCUCAUAAAAAAUAAUGCGAAUGUGGGAGUUUACAAGGACGACUCUAAAGAGCUGUGCGCCUGGUGCUUAAGACUGCAAAGCGGCUUCUUGGGCGCACUGGAGGUUCAGGGGCGAUAUAAACGGCAAGGAUUGGGUGCUGAAGUGGUCGGCGCUAUGGCCAAACGGAUAUCCAAUGAAUUGGAACAAGACGUGACAGCCUUAGUUUCGUUGAGCAAUAUAGCUGCUGCUAAAUUGUUUGAGAAGUUGGGGUUUACGCUGAGAACGGAUGAGCACUACUAUUGGUCGAUGAGCUUGCCCAAGAUAAAGGGCAACUACUGGCCUGAUAACUAAUAAGAUU